AGUCUUUGUAUUGGAGACUGGAAACACCUCUCUCUCUCUCUCUCCCCCCUUUUAAUAUUUUUAAAAGAAUUCGCCAUGAUUUGAUCACUACCCAGUAUUUAUUUCCCCCAACCUCAGAUGGUCAGAAAGUUAAAACUCUGAGAAGCCCAAACCCAUUUGUGUGUUUUUUUAAUAAGCUCGUGCCUUAUAGUUGUAGUUCUAUUCUAUUCUAGGUGUCAGAACAUAAACCCAAGGCAUUAGAAGCUGGGAGAGAGCAACGGUGAAUACAUUGAAGAUAUUAUCUUAUGUUAUUCUGGUUUUGAACUGUGUGUGUGUGUGUGUGUGUGAGAGAGAGAGAGAGAUCAUUAAGUCAAUUUCGGUUUUGAAGCUUUGGAAAUGGUGAGGCAGUGAAGUGGCAAGUGGGUUUCCUUAGUGGGAUGGAUCCGGUGGGAGCUGUUUUUUCAGAAACAAAGAACAAGUGGAAGGCUUAUUCCGAUUUCAGAAGAAGACAACACCAAUGCACAGAUUCAGCAGAGGACACAACACAGAGCAAUUCCUCAAACAUGGGUUCUCCCUGUAGAUGCUGCAAGAUCUCCCCAAUCAUUCCCAUUUUUGUUUGCUUCCUCCUUGUCGCUUCCUCUGUUUGUCCAGUCCUCUCUUCGGAUCAACUCCCAGCGAAUCAAACAAUGAGGCCACGGGAGGAGUUAGAGAAGCUGAAAAUAAUAAAAGCCCGUCUCAAGAAGAUCAAUAAGCCUGCCGUCAAGACUAUUCAGAGUCCUGAUGGUGAUCUAAUAGAUUGUGUACUCUCUCAUCAGCAACCAGCUUUCGAUCAUCCCAAAUUGAAAGGACAGAAACCAUUGGAUCCACCGGAGAGACCGGAAGGCCACAAUCCGACGGGUUCUGUAUCAGAAGAUUUUCAGAUGUGGAGCGUUUCCGGGGAAUCGUGUCCGGAAGGAACAAUCCCAAUUAGAAGAACAACCGAAGCAGAUUUCCUAAGAGCUAGCUCCGUCAAAAGAUUCGGAAGGAAAGGGCCAAGACGUGUGAGAAGAGACACAUCCAGCAAUGGCCAUGAGCAUGCAGUUGGGUAUGUAGCGGGAGAUGAGUAUUAUGGAGCAAAAGCCAGCAUAAAUGUAUGGGCACCCCGUGUUGAUAACCAGAACGAAUUCAGCCUUUCCCAGAUUUGGGUUACCUCUGGUUCUUUUGGUGAUGACCUUAACACCAUUGAAGCUGGUUGGCAGAUUAGUCCGAAUUUGUACGGCGACAACUCACCUAGGUUCUUUACAUACUGGACGUCGGAUGCAUAUCAAGCAACGGGGUGCUACAAUCUGCUGUGCUCAGGCUUUGUUCAAACCAACACCAAGAUUGUGAUUGGGGCAGCCAUCUCUCCAACUUCUUCCUACAAGGGCGGCCAAUUUGACAUCAGCUUGCUCGUUUGGAAGGAUCCGAAACAUGGGAACUGGUGGCUUGAAUUCGGAUCCGGAGUCCUGGUCGGGUACUGGCCAUCCUUGUUGUUUAGUCACCUAAGGGACCACGCCACCAUGAUCCAAUACGGAGGAGAAGUGGUGAAUACCAGCCCAUCGGGUUUCCACACCUCGACCCAAAUGGGAAGUGGGCAUUUUGCAGGAGAGGGCUUCGGCAAAGCUUCCUAUUUUAGGAAUUUGCAAGUUGUGGACUGGGACAACAGCUUGAUCCCACCUAGGAACCUCCGCGUUGUGGCUGACCAUCCCAGCUGCUACGACAUUCAAGGAGGCAUUAAUAAUGUUUGGGGCAAUUAUUUUUAUUACGGAGGACCCGGAAGAAACGCUAAGUGCCCCUAGGGGCUUUCCAGCAACUGGAGUUUCCCAAAAUGGGGAGGCAUUACAUGCGAUGGUGGACUUUUUUUUUUUUUUUAUUUUCUAUUUUGGGGCGUGAUUUAAGUUUCAUUUGGAGAUUCGAUUAAUCGGGUUUGGGUCAAUAUUCUUGUAUUUAGCUUCUUUCCGACUUCAUUUUUUUCUUUAGUCUAACAGGAGGUCAUCCAUUAAUUAUACCAUUUUUAGCGAGUUAUGUAAAUUGGGAAAAGGAAAUUAAUAUAGUGAAUACACCGUGGUUUGUGAUUUUUACUUUUC